AUGUUGGGGUUUGUGAAGCGCUGUAUGUCUUUCGAUGCAACAUAUAAAGGGGCCUACAAAGCUAGUGGUGCUUUUUGUGACCGCCCACAUAUAAUGAGGUUUGGUAUACUACGAUCUCUGGCUGUGGGAAUUCCUUUUAUAUUUAUCGGGUCAGUGAUUAGCAGGACAGGUGCUGAACUCCUGGAAGACAUGCAAAGAUUGCAUGUGCUAGCACACACAGCUGCGACAGUUUUGCGUGCUCCAUUUGUUUCGUGGUACUUUAUAAUACCUUUUACUCUUCAGCAAGAUGCGAUCUUUAGACGUAACUGUCAAUUGAGAGGCCUUUGUAUUCUCUGUUAUAAGUUGUGGACUUUGUUGUACGAUUUUGUAGCGAUUGGUUGUUGA